AUGGGCUCCCUUCAGAACACCAUUCCACCGUUUCGCCUCCUCGUUGCCGGCGGCUCGUACGCUGGUCUCUCUUUCGUCGUGAACCUCUUGGACAUCUGCAAUGGCCGUUCUCCGCGCAUGGCCCAUGACCCGUACUCUCAUCAUCCAGACUUCACUCGUAUCCCCGUUGACAUAACCAUUGUUGACGAGAGGGACGGCUACUUCCACCUCAUCGGCUCUCCUCUCGCACUUGCCUCCUCCGACUAUGCUGCCAAGACCUGGAUCAAGUUCCGAGACAUCCCUGCUCUGCAGAGGCCGAACAUUCGCUUCGUCCAAGGCAGCCUUGAUAAGAUCAACACCGCCACCAAGUCAGCCACCGUACUCUCUCACAUCACCAAGAUCCCGCAAGACAUUUCCUACGACUUUAUGGUCAGUGCCACAGGCCUGCGCCGCCCCUGGCCCGUAGUUCCUCAGUCCCUGCUGCGGAAGCAGUUCCUCCUGGAGGCCGAGGAACAGAUUCACGCCGUCCACAACGCUCCCGAUGGCGUCGUCAUUAACCUGUCGGACGAGUGUAAAGACGUGGCCCUCGAUCUCACGCGCGAAGCCGGCGUCGAGGUUCUCCUCAACCACCGCGUCGCUGAGACGCGCAAGCUCGAUGUCCCCGAGGGCAGCCGUACGCGCUACGAGGUUGAGUUCACGAGCGGCGAGAAGCGCUUCGCCAGCGAGGUCAUCAUGGCCGUGUCGCGCCCCGUGCCCUCGACGGGUUACCUGCCCGCCGAGACGCUCGACGAGGAGGGCUACGCCAAGGUCGACUCGAGCCUGUUCCUCGAGGGCGUCAGCAACUCUGACUUCCAUCUCGUCGCCGGUGAUGCGUGCAAGUGGGAGGGCAUCAAGCGCGCGGGCGGCGCCAUGCACAUGGGACACAUGGCAGCGAUCAACGCGCACCAGCGCAUGAUUGCGAUCCUCGCCAAGGAGAAGGGUCAGGAACACAAGCCCGAGUUUAAGGUGCUCGAGGCGUUCCCGCCUGCCAUCGGUCUCGCCGUCGGCAAGAAGGCUGUCGCGUACGGCCCUGACAUGGGCACGAUCCAUGGCGAGGAGGUGAUGGAGGCGUACUUCCGGGACGACCUGGGCUUCACGAUCUGCUACAACUGGAUGGGCCUUGGAAAGAGCCCUGCGGAGGAGGAGGAGGCCGCGGUCGUUGCCGCCGAGACGGCUGCGAAGACGGCCGUUGACAUUACCGAGGAGGCUACGAAGGUGGAGGAGAUUGCGGCUUGA